AUGUUCCCGAACAGCGCAAUGUUGGCCCUCCGGCGGCCCUUCAUGCCAGGAUCCGAGGACCUUGGCCACGCGCUCGCAAAGCUUGCCCAUGGCCCUCGCUCCAAGCCUGGCAUCCUCAUCACGGCGAUGGGCUUCUUAACCUUGACUGUCACCAGUGCUGCCGAGAGUAUGCUGCCGGCAGAUAGGUCCAGCGUCAUGGCUUUUUUCGCAAAGCCUGUGCUUGGCCUGGGCACCACUGCUCUUCUGCUGCCACUGCUGCGGCGCCGUCCCCACGCCGCCGGCACUCUGUCGGCGGUGGGUCUGGUGAUGUUGGUGUUAGCGAUAUUUCAUCCUCCCGGCCUGGCUUUUCUCGCGUAUCACUGGACGGCAAUAGCUGGCGCCUUGAUCAAGGUCCCUUUGCUUUGCGCGCUGCUCCAGGGCAACAGCUUUUGGGCAGGCUGGCGAGUGUGCGGGGCCUUCUACGGUCUUUUCCUAGGGCCGCUGCCCUCCCUGGGCUUGGACCAGGAGGCGCUGCCAGUGCUGGUGGCCUCGUGGGCCAUGGCCAUGGCAGCGCUGCACGUGGCGGCAGGGAAUUGGAUGAAGGCCUGCGAGGCCGAGGCCGGGGCAGCUCCAGACGACAUGCAGACGGAGGCACUGCAGCCUCUGGUGGGCUCUUCUCUUGCAGGCGUAGCACUGGCAUGGCUUCUUCUCUCCGUGCAGCUGGGCCUCGUGCCGCUGCUCCACUCGCUGCAUGGCACGGACCUGCCAGAGACGGCCCAGCCGGCAGGCCUGGCGCUGCUGCUGUGUGGGCUGCUGCUGCAGCGGCGCAGCGCCAAGGUCAUCGCGUUGGUCAGCUGCGUGGGGGCCAUCCUGGCGGCCCUGGCCAUGCGGGGCGUGUGCCAAGCCCUGGCGGGGAUGCACCUUUGGCAACUCUUCAGCUGCCGGCUGUUGCUGCAGUGCAGCCUGGGCUCGUUACUGGCAGCGGCCGUGCAGAUCGCCAGGCUUGCCUCAUCUUCCAGCAGCUCCUUGUUGGGCUGCGGCCUCGCAGCCAGCGCCUUUUUCGGCGAAGGAUUGGGCUUAGCAUUGCAACUGCUGCUGCUUCCGGUCCUAGGAGCGCUGGGCACUCUGCAGGCGCUGGCACUUCUGCCGCUAUCCUUCGCUCUUUGGGCGCUGAUGCGGCUCCCGGGCCGAUCGGACGAUGACGAGGACCUGUGUGACAUGCCGGAGGAGGAGCUGCAGGACGCUUUCUUCGACCGCCAGCGCGGCAUCGAUUGGUUGCUUCCAAAGUUGCAGGCAGGGCAGGCGCCGGGGAAGUUGCAGCUGCAAGCUAGCAGGUUCAUGAUGGUUUCCCUUGCCUACCACGGAUUUGAUAGGCGCGGCGCCCACCUGCUGCUUGCCGCCGUGGGUCUGGCGCGCUUCUGCGGGGAGGGGUAUUUAUAUCCCCAAGGCCACUGGCGGCGCUCCGCUCCACAUUUCCUGUCCAAGCAGGUCGUCACCUUCGUGACUGCCGAUCGAGGUCAGACGAGAAUCUUAUCAGAGGCUCAAAAUGUCUGGUACGUCUCUGCGCUGUUUCUGGAGCUUGGCUUUACUGAGGUGCAUGGUCGCAUUGGCAUCGAUCUACAGGCGAUCAGCGGCGGCACCUUUGGGCCGGCGGCUUACUCUGCGAGGUAUGGCUUGUAUUUGGAGUCCGAGUUCUCUGCCUGGCUGAUUUCAGGGAGCCACAACAUCAGGACAGCCACACUUUGCCAGAGCUACAGCCACAUCGCCGCGUCCCGGCCCUGCAUGAACUGCAAGACCCGCUUGGCCAAGCCACCGGCCACAGGCUUACCCCUUCAACUGAGCGUUUGUGCCAAAACUGUGCAGAUGCUCUUGCAAGCAGUGGACUCUUGGAAGCUGGCGAAGACGAAAAGCAUCAGUGAGCCAGGUGAAGCGUCACCAUCAUCGCCAUCCUCCCCGAGGAGAAAUCCAGAGCCGCCUCGUCUCCCCACUUUUGUGGCCAUCGCUCCGGCCAUCAGGCUGAUCUUGCGGCUGCCAGACGGCAGCUCUGCAGUGGGCGAUGUGGUGCUUCCUCGAUUGUCGGCACCCUCAAGGCCUGCUGCGGAGACGGACUACGAGGCGCUGCGCUUGGAAGCCGCCAGCGCGACGGUGUGCCUGGCUGCCGCCAAGGUCAAGGACUUGGUGUCACUCCGGCCAAAACCAGGAUCUCCUGGAGUUGUACAUAGAAAUGGUUUGGAGUUGUCACUCUUCGUGUCCGCCUCCGGCGAAACUAGUGCGGCGAAGCCCGCAGAGGUCAGUGAGGAGGCAGCACAUGCGGCAGAGCCCGCGGUGCCUUCGGACUGGACGCGGUACUCGGCUGUUGGCAAACCACGCCCCGGUGGCUCAGCACAAGGCAGCCACGCUGCAAGACCAGCUCCCACGGAGGAUCGCCUGCCGCACCAGGAGAAGCCGCCAGAGCCAGACCGGGACCUCGAGGACACCAGCGCCGACUUUGUUUCACAGAGAAGCCGGAUGGAGGUGGAAUUGUCGCUCCCAGGAGAGCUGCUGCUACAGGCAGAGGCGUCCACCUUGAAGCACCUGAAAACUCAGGCAGCUCUGUUCCUGGCGGAUUUGCCGCAGCCUGUGGAGGAGCGCGAAGGCCAGGCAACGCCAGCCGCGGGUCCUGAAGACGCGCCGGUGUUGUUCGGCUUCACUGCCUCACUGAGCCGGAUCACGUGCAUGCUGCUGGGCGAGGCUGCGAGAUGUUUCAUGUGGCAAGAGCAAACUGGGAACGUUGGGAGUGUGGCUGGAAUGGACGACUGGCACUGGCGACAGUGUCGUCUCAGGAAGCUUUGGAAGCAGAUCCUUCAGGACCCGGGCUCCAACUUGGCGUUUGGAAGGACCUCGGAUAGCAGCCUUGCAGCUGUCAUUGAUGUCAUGCAGCCGGGGUCCUUAGCCCUGGCGUUCCAGAUGCCAUGGCUCCUACUCCUAAUGCUGGCGCCUUUAGCUCACGCCGCGCUGCGCUGGGGGGACCCCAGCUGCUGGCGCGGCUGGCAAAAUCACCAGCUCUGCUGCUAUCCCCAGGUGCGAAAUGUUCAGGAGCUGCGGGUAGAGGAAGGCUUCGACGCUUGCUGGACCGAGGGCCGCAACGUGAGCCGCUGUUGCCGCCGCAGCGGGGCCUUCUUUAUAGUGGAGCGGCAAGCUCCGCCGGCGGUGAAGGCCAUGUUCCGCGGCUGUGAGGCUUUGCCAUGGCAGUACUUCCUGUUCAAGUUCCGCAUGGCCGCCGGCCUUCUCUACAACUUUGACCGCAUAUCCUCCCAAUGGUUCACCUACUUCGACCUGGAGCCUUUGAAGUCUCGAGGGGGAGAGGCCCGCGGGCCCUGCCCCGUGGGCCAGGCGCUCUAUGAGUUCAUGGCGCAAUAUUUGGCCGAGAGCUUCGCGCCGCUGCCAGAGCAGGCGUUCCGCCGCCUACAGAUGGCUGAGAUGGCGCUGGCCGGAUCCGGGGGCUUGUUCCCGGCGGUGGGGGUGACUCUGGAGCAGCUUGAGCACCUCAGGUUUCUACAUGCGCUCCAAAACCGCUUGGCGGGCAAACGGGCAUCACCACGCAUUGCCAGGCACGGAGCCUCUCGUGCCGCCUUGGCCUUCGACUUCGGGGCCUCCGGGGGCGUGGACACGGAGACCUUGCGCCGCAGCGGUCUGCAGGUGGUGGCGGUGGAAGGCAACGCCAGGGCCCUGUGGCACCUCGGGAGCCUGCGGAACGUGACGCCGGUGCACUGCGCCGCAGGCGCGCACUCCGCGCCGCCCUACGCCAGCUUUGAGGUUGACCAUCAUCACGGCGAGCGGUCUUCUGUCCUUGCGGAUCAGAAGCAGGAGGACAGCGACGUGGUGCUAGUGCCUCGUCGUUCCUGUGGCUCGGUGUACGUGGACUUCGCGGGACCCAAGGGGGCGGAGUACGCCAAGAUCGACCUGGAAGGUUCAGACCACGACUGCUUGGGCAGCAUCUUGCGCAACAGCAGCCAGCGACUCGCGCCUUUGUUUGUGUCCAUGGAGGUGCAGUUGGCGAAUGACAACAUCCAGGUCAUGCAGAGCCGCGCGGAGCGCGUGGCCCAGGAUUUGAUGGGCACCUUGCAGGGCACCUACUGCUGGGCCAAGCUAUGCCGUCAGCAUAUCUACAACAUUCGGCAGCUGCCAGGCAUGAACUUGGUGUCUCGGCUCGGCUGGGGCUCUUCCGGCCUCUUCGGGGACUUGGCGGUUGAUUGGCGCGUUGGGAAGAGUUGGCGGCCCCUGCCGGUGGUGCUCGCUGAGCUGGUGCAAGCUGGGCUUCUGUCCACGCGCUUCGGCCCGUGUGUGUAUUUCGACGGCCCAAACAGCUACAAAGUGAGAGAGCUGCAGGACUUGCGGCUGGACUGCCUGACCGAGGCGGAUGGCCGGGGAAUUUGCACCUUGGCGCGGCCGUGGUUCAGUCCACUCUGUGAAAGACAAGGCCAGCCCGUGGCAGAAGAGGCUUCGCUGCCACUCUCAGCUUUUCUUUGGCAGGCCCGGCCAGCGGUCCGCAUCCAGCCACCAAAGGGUGAGCACAGCCUCAAGUUGCAGGUGGCAGACCACAUCUCCCUGCAUCUCUGCAGGCUAGCCUUGAGCCUGGAGAGGCCGCUGCUCCAGAACAUAUCCUGCUGGUUGCAGCAAUUUGCGGAUGAGCCUGGCAAGGCUGAGACGGAAGGCGAAGCUGCCAGGCGGUUUUCAGCGCCGAACCUGAAGCUCUCCCUGUUGCAGUGCCUUGUGGACAUUCCCUCAGAGGCUUACUGCCGCGAGUGGCCCAGUCAGGGCAUGGUCCCUAUGCCGCCGCCGAAGGAGAGCGAGGCACAGAGACCGACAAGUGGCGAUUGGUCCUCGAGAUGA